UGUCACUCAUAAUCCAUGAAUAGAAGUGAAACAGCGCUUGGUGCGCAGUUUGCGUUUUGGUGGCAGGCUUCCCUUGAUUCUCAUCAAAUGGCAGCCUCUGAUCGCAGCUAGUGCGCCAGGAUACAAAUGACACUUCAUUUGGAAGAACAACCCCAGAAAGAUGAGGAUUUUACAGUUGUGAUUCCGUAAGGAAACAGAAGAGGAUAAAGAAGAAUUAGUUAUCUUAACUGAGCUCAUUCUUGUGAGAUAAAAUUGUUGACCUCACUGGAAAUCCUCCGUGAUGCCAGAGGUACGGGACCUGUCAGACGCGCUGCCUGAGUUACCCAUGGAUCCGAUCACCGGGGUCGGGGUGGUUGCCUCCCGAAACAGAGCACCCACUGGCUAUGACGUGGUUGCCCAGACGACGGACGGGAUGGACGCUGACCUGUGGAAAGACGGCCUGUUCAAGUCCAAGGUCACGCGCUACCUGUGCUUCACCCGCGUCUUCUCCAAAGAGAAUAGUCAUUUAGGGAAUGUGCUGGUGGACAUGAAGCUAAUUGACAUAAAGGACACGCUGCCUGUGGGCUUCAUCCCCAUCCAAGAGACAAUAGACACCCAGGAGCAGGCGUUCAGGAAGAGGAGGCUGUGCAUCAAGUUCAUCCCACGGGACUCCACGGAGGCGGCCAUCUGUGACGUGCGCAUCCUGGGCCGAUCCAAGCAGGCCCCGCCCCAGUACACCUUCAUAGGAGAGCUAAACAACAUGGGGAUCUGGUACCGCAUGGGCAAGGUGCCCCGGGCCGAGGACUCCUCACCCAUGCUGAGCAACUGCAACACCAACGUGCAGCCCGCCUCCACCGCCAACAACACUCCUGCGCCCGUCAUGCCUAAGCACAUAUCCAUGACCCUCCCGGCCAGCUUCAGUCGCAAGAGCACCACCAGACCAGACUACGAACACCAGAACUCCAACCUGUAUGCCAUCUCAGCGAUGGAUGGGGUGCCCUUCAUGAUCUCCGACAAGUUUGCAUGUGCCUCCAAUGACUUACAGCAGGUGGACCUGAUGGGCAUCAACAUCAAAUCCCUGGCAGAGAUCGAGAAGGAGUAUGAGUAUAGUUUCCGUAUUGAGCACAGCGCAGCAGCCCGUCUGCCUCCCAGUCCCACGAGGACCACCAUGGGGGGCUCAGAGGCCUGAGCGACCUCAUCACCCCACCCCACCCCACCCCCAAACCCCUCCACCGAGCCCCCUGCAGGUAGAAGAGAAAGAGGAGGAGGAGGAUGAGGAGGAAGAACUACUGAGAAUGAGCCCACAGGGAGAGGGAGAGAGGGGACCGAUGCCCUCCUCCACAACCUUUCAUCCACUCAUCUAUUCAUUGUUGUGCCCACCCCUCUCUCCCUCAGUGAAUAUGAAAACCAUAAAACUCAGAAAUAAGUGAUCAGACAGCAGGAGGCCGCACUGCGGUGUUCUUUUGACACUUUCACUCGGGGGAAGUGAGAGGGCACCGCGAGCAGACCGAUUUCUGGAGCUCUGGCGACCGGCCCCGAGGUCCUCUUAGUCCUUGCUGCUGAUUGAUUCUGUGGAGAGGAGGAGUGAAGCAGCAGACUUUCUCUACUGCUGUUGAAUGGAAACCACUACACAACACUACAGAGCUAAAAGGGAUACCGAGAUGCUGAGGACCUCCAGCCAGAAAACA